AUGUUGAUAACGCGAUGCCAAGUUCCCCUCGCACACAGUCCUGCCCUGGUGAUGGACGGCAUGACCCUAGCCUACGAUAGCGCCAUCAGCAUCCUUGGGAUGCAGAUCGACCGCCGCCUCACCUUCACAGACCACGUCAGGGGAAUUGCAAAGAACGCGGCGAGGAAACUGGCGUGCAUCCGUCGCAUCGCGCCUCUCCUCGAUGCCAAAGGCUGCUACACGCUCUACCACUCCCAGGUUCGGCCAGUAAUGGAGUACUGUCCCUUGGUGUGGUCCUGUUGCCCUCCAUCAUACCUGCGAUUGCUAGACAGGGUCCAACAUCGAGCCCAGAGACUAGUGUCACACAAAACGCUGGUUGGGGAGCGACAGUUACACUUUCAGCCUCUUCAGCAUCGGCGAGAAGUUGCUGCUCUCUGUGUACUCUACAAAGUACACAGACUACGCGUCCCCCAUCCCCUGCGACUUGAACCACGAGCGGCUGCAACCUACGAUACACGGCAUUCUAGCAACCGCGGUCAAGAGCUGCAGGUACCCUUCUCCAGGACCGAACUUCAUCAGCGCUCAUUUCAACCAAGAUAUUCCAGGCUCUGGAACACGAUGGUUCAGCAAACAUCUCUGCACAGCCUGCCCAGCCUGCAAGCUUUCAAGGCUGCUGUUCACAGAUGGAUGUCCCACGAUCCUGGUUAA